UUGGUUAGAUUACAGUGGAACGUACACGGUGUCGUAUCAUUGUAGUGGAAAUCACUCAAAGUGCAUAAGGUUUCUGCUUUCUGCUUCGAAGCAUUUCUGCGUUCUGGCAGCAAUGUGAUUGUUGCUGUGUUGGACGCAGAAGAGUAGUGCCGUUUAUUUUGGCGUCCGUGUGGAGGGAGGGGUUGUGUACCGUUGAUGCGGGGCAACGGUCACAUAAAAAAAUCAGAUCGAUGAGUUGUUUUUGUGUCAUCUAUUUUGAGUUCCUUCACUUUCAAGAGUGACGACGGCUAAGCUCAAAUCUAUAGUUAGAAUUUGGCCAUUUGAAAAAUGGCAUAGCCAUAACAGAUGCUUUUCAGUAUGGGAUCAUGUGUCCUGGUCCCAAUCACAAGAUAUAGCCAUGCAGGGCUUGUUUUUCUGCUGUUGGCUGGUCCACUGCUGUGUGCCUCAGAAGCUGUCACCAUCAAUGCAACUUUGCCAAAAGUUGCUUCCUUGUUUACAUCCUCCAUGUCACUUGAGGAAAAACAGCAUCUCAGGGAUACUGCCAAGGAAAUGUUCUUCCAUGCAUAUGGGGCAUACAUGGAGAACGCUUACCCGGCCGACGAGCUGAUGCCGCUGUCGUGCCGCGGCCGGUGGCGGCACACGCUGCCCGGACGCGGAGACAUCGACGAGGCGCUCGGCAACUUCUCGCUGACGCUGGUGGAUUCACUGGACAGCCUGGUGGUUCUUGGCGAGCUGGACGAGUUUGAGCGGGCCGUCCGCCUCGUGCUGCGUGAUGUGAAGCUGGAUGCCGACCUGGUCGUCUCCGUGUUCGAGACUAACAUACGCAUGCUCGGGGGUCUGCUCUCCGGUCACAUUCUGUCCGAGUACGUGCGGGACCGACUCGGCCGGAUGACCUGGUACCAGGGCGAGCUGCUGCAGCGCGCCAGGGAGCUGGGCCUCCGGCUGCUGCCCGCCUUCAACACCUCCACCGGCAUACCGCACCCUCGGAUCAAUCUGCUGCACGGCAUGAACGUGCCGCAGCUGGCCGGCUCGCGGGAGACGUGCACCGCCUGCGCCGGCACCAUGAUCCUCGAGUUCGCCGCGCUAGCCCGGCUCACCGGCGAGCCCGUCUUCGAGGAGAAGGCGCACCGGGCGAUGGACAGCCUGUGGGAGCAGCGGCACCGUGGCUCUGACCUGGUCGGCACCACUAUCAACGUGCACUCCGGCGACUGGGUGCGCCGAGACUCGGGCGUCGGCGCCGGCAUCGACAGCUACUACGAGUACUGCCUCAAGGCCUACAUCCUGCUGGGAGACGAGCGGUACCUGAAACGCUUCAACCGGCACUACGAGGCCGUGAUGAAGUACAUCAGCCAGGGCCCGAUGCUGCUGGACGUGCACAUGCACCGGCCGCACACCACCACCCGCAACUUCAUGGACUCGCUGCUGGCCUUCUGGCCGGGACUGCAGGUGCUGAAGGGCGACCUCAAGUCGGCGAUCGAGACCCACGAGAUGCUGUACCAGGUGAUGCAGCGGCACAACUUCCUGCCCGAAGCCUUCACCACGGACUUCCAGGUACACUGGGGCCAGCACCCGCUGCGGCCCGAGUUCCUGGAGUCCACCUACCUGCUGCACCGCGCCACCGGCGACCCGUACUAUCUGCACGCCGGCAAGCGGGUGCUGCAGAGUCUGCGGCGCCACGCCUGGGUGCCGUGCGGGUUCGCCGCCGUCAAGGACGUGCGCACGGGCCAGCACGAGGACAGGCUCGACUCGUUCGUGCUGGCCGAGACGUUCAAGUACCUGUACCUGCUGUUCGCCGACGACGCCGAUCUGGUGCUGGACAUCGACGACUUCAUCUUCAGCACGGAGGCGCACCUGUUCCCGCUGACGCUGGCGCGGCUCUCCAACCUGACGGCGGUGCCGCUGCGCCGGGAGGGCUCGGCGCCGCCGCCGGAGCCGGACGUGGAGUUCGCACGCAGCUGCCCCAACACCGACUACCUGUUCCCGGGAACGUUCUCGGAGACUGUGCGCCGGCCGCUCUCCAACCUGGUGGAGGGCACGUGUCCGAGCCGACGGCUGCGGCCGCGCCGGCUCACCGCCGCCCAGUUCCAGUCGGGCCGGCCCGAGCACGUUGCGCUGGUCCGCCAACUGGGCGUCACCAUGACGACGCUGUCCGACGGCCGCGUCCAGCUGCUGCACACGGCCGCCAACGCGCGCUCGCCGGCGGACGCGGAGGAGGGCCUGCUGUUUAUGCAGGAGAUGAUCGAGCUGUCGCGGCAGCAGCUGGAGCAGCCGGAGAACCCGCCGCGCGCUGUCAGCUACCGGCCGGCUGGCGGCGGCACCGCCAUCACGCUACAGGCCGGCCCGGCCCACUUCGGCCCCAGCCUGGGCGCCGUGCCACCCGUGACGGGCCGACUGGUGUUGGCCAACCCGCCGCGCGUCUGUCCGGACCUGCUGCGGCCCGAGCUCUACCGCGACCGCAUCGUGCUGAUGGAGCGCGGCGACUGUAUGUUCGUGGACAAGGCGCGCCGCGUGCAGGCGCUGGGGGCCCGCGGCGGCAUCGUGGUCGACAGCACGACCGGCACCGGCGCCGAGAGCUCGCCCAUGUUCGCCAUGUCUGGCGACGGUACGGAUGACGUCACCAUCCCGCUGGUGUUCCUGUUCAGCGCCGAGGGUGAGCAGCUGCGGUCGGCGCUGCGUCGCCAGCCCGACCUGGAGGUGACGCUGUCAGACGCGCCGCCGCCGUCGCCGAACUCAGAGCGCGCCCCGGGCGUGGGUCGCGUGGUGGCCGUCGCCCCCAGCGGUGACGAGCUGGUACAGCUGGUGGACGACAGCCCGGCCCCGGCAGCGGCAGAGGACGAGGCGCCGCCGCCGACCGACGCCCAGAAGAGGGAGGCCAUGGCUCAGGUGCGCGCCUGGCUGCGGCAGCUGCUGCACAUGACGGAGGCGGAGCUGGCGGCGCUGGCCGGGCCCGAGUACGGGUCGCUGAUGGACGACGUAGCGGCACUGGCGCCCGAGCGGCUGGCGCACCUGCAGGGCCGUCUGACCGCCGACGCCGGCGAG